UUUUACACCGCUAACCCAGCAGACGGAUUUUCCAAUCCCCACAAGAUCAAGACGAACUGACAACACUUCAAUUUGUCUGAUGCUGUUGUAUUUACUGAAUGAAAGUCGUUCAAUUUCACUGUCUAUUAUCCUUUGCCUAUAAAGCAACAUUCAAAACUGUCGUGCUUGUUUUGAAAGAUCCAGAAGAAUGAAGAAAUACACAUGUAUCGAAUGUGGGAGGGGGGCAGAGGAGCUGUACAGAGACUUCGGAGGCGGCAAUUUGAAAAUCUCUCACUGCGACCAUUGUGAACAGGUAGUGGAUAAGUAUGUAGAGUUCGACCCUGUCCCUAUGUCUAACUAUCUUGUUUCCCUUCCCCAGGACCAGUGUGAACAGGUUGUGGAUAAGUAUGUAGAGUUCGACCCUGUGCUGGUGCUACUGGAUGCACUUCUACACAAACCACAGGCCUACAGACACAUCCUGCUCAACAGUGAUAUACAGUUCCACUGGAGACUGUCUGUGAUCUGUCUGCUGUGUGAUGCCUACAUCAAGUGGGCCCAGCUGAAGUCAGCUGACACCACAGACUCACAACAACACCAGUUGGGCUUCUACGCUCUGGAGUGGGACUUCUACCUCAUGUUCCUCCUGGCAACAGUCGAGUUGGCCGUGUUCCUUGGAUGCUGUAUGCUGCUGUUGUGGGUUAGCAGAGAGGUGCUGUUUCCUGAUGUAAGCUUUUCUUCAGUGGUUCGUGCUCUGUUGCUGUCCAGUUUUGGGAAGUUACUGGUCAUCCCAGCGGUCAUCUGGGGUGAGACCAACAGCACGGUGUACCUGGGUCUCACCAGGAUGUUUGUCUUCACAUGUAACUCACUGGCGAUGAGAGUUACCCUGGGUACCAGACAAGACGUGUCCUGUGGCCUGGUUGCUGUGUGCCUGCUUGUACAGUACCUCACAUCCCUGUCUCUGCAUAACUUAUUGUACAGUCCAACAUGACAUCAUGAUGCUGUUUUCUAGUUUGUUGUUUGUGUUGCAUGACUCCUAAACAACAUCAAGGCACAACACGCCAUGUACCACUUCUGUACAUUUAGUCAACAUACAUGAAACAGAGUCUGCCACUGAUUAUGGUAUUGUCAGAAAGUAAUGUUGCAACAACAUAUGGUUUGCAUUAACAGUAUGGCAUCUUAACAACUACAAAACAAUAUGAUAUCCACAUACUGCAGUUGUAACUGCCUCUUUUUGCCCCAGUUAUCAUAUCCAGAGACAUUAAUUUAAGCAAUGGCAUCCUAAAGCCAACAAGAUACUAGAAUAGUAAAAUACAGUCUAUCAAAACUCA